AUGACAGUGGGAAGGCCUGCCAAACACAAGAGAAAUAUUGCUGGCCUGCGAAAUCAAGAGAAAACCAAUGUACAUGAUGACAGACUUCAAGAAGCCACAGAGACAACAGCUGCCAUCAGUUCUCCAAGUUCUCGAGGCAGAUCCGAAAAUUUCAAGUCCUCAAAUGAAAGUGAACACAUAGCGGAUAUGCCAGAUGCCCGUGCAACGCCAUGUUAUGAUGUUACGGACACAGAUUACAGUCGGACGAGGAAAGGUCGGGUGGCGAAUCUUCCAAAGAUGACUUGGCAGUGCGAGAAUGGGAGGAAG